AUGGCCAACGACGACGACUUUUUCUCAUCGACCACCACACACGCCGUGUCCGGCGCGCACAUGGGCGAGCCCGACGGCGCUGUCGACUUCGCGGCAGCCAUCGCCAGUCGCUUUGGCUCCGCAUCCAUGCUCACCGCCAAGCUCCCCGCCGACGUCCCGACACCCGCACCCGCACCGCCCAAGAACGACGUCCCCGAUGACUUUGCUGCGGCCAUCGCCAAUCGCUUCGGCUCAGCCAACAUGCUCACCGCGAAGCUGCCCGCGUCGCUGCCCAAGCCCCAGCAGUCCCAGUCACCAUCGCCCAUGCUUCGUAUGCCAUCAUCACCCAUGGCGAAGCUCCAGAUCACCAACUCCGCCCCACUCGACAUCACCACCGUGCGCCCAAGCGAUCUAGACAGCUGGCUCUUCGACGAAUCGACGGCAGCCCGCACGCUCGUCGUCGACAUACGUCCGCACGCCGCGUACGCGAAUGCACGCCUCCCCAAGGCCGUAUCGCUCUCCGUCCCGUCAACGCUCCUCAAGCGCCCGCUCUUCUCCCUCGAGCGACUCUGUGAGAUGCUCCCCACCCCUAGUGCCCGCGCCCGCUUCUCCGCAUGGAAGACCGCGAGCCGCAUCCUCGUCUACGACGCCGACAGCGCCCACAUCCCAGAGACGAGUAACAUCUUCGGCCUCCUGCGCAAGUUCAAGAACGACAAGUUCGCGGGUGAACUUGCUUGGCUGCAGGGCGGGUUCCAGCAAGUGUGGAAGGAGCGCAGAUCGGUCGUUGACGACAAGCCGCCUCAGGGCACCGACGAUCCUGACGAGGAAGAUGAAACGAGUUCCGAUGAUCGCGUUCUUCGCACCAAGCGCCUCCCCAUGGCUGCCUUCACCCUCACAUCCACGACUCAGAACCGUCCCAAGCGACAAGGACCGGGUCGCACGAACCUAACCCUAUCCGAGAUGCACACGCCAUCCGCCGUUGCGCCUCCACCCCCUGCGUCAUCCGCAAAUCCCUUCUUCGACAACAUCCGGCAGAAUGCAGAGCUAUCGCAUGGCAUCACUGAGCGGAUACCUUUGCGCAUACCUCGACGCGUGCGGCGACGCAUCAACGACCUGCCGUUCACGUGGCUGCAGGAGAUCGCAAGACGCGCAGCUACGCUCCCGCGAGCAGCGUCACAUCCUGCACCUCGCCGAGACGCCUACUCCAGUACAUCCGAGUCCGAGGAUGACACGGCUGAUGAGCCAGAUCCCAACGACGUGGAGGAAGGCAUGGAAGCGUUGGCAAUGCAGUUCUACCGCAUCGAGGUCGCUGAGCAGCGCCGGAUGAUGAACAUCAUGGAGCACCAUACGAGAGAAAGCAAUACACCACAGGCGUCGCGCGACAGCAAGCCUGACGACAGCGAUAGCUGCGUGAGCUUUAGUAAGGGUGACCGCAUGUUCCCCUACAGCAUCAUCGCUGGCGUAGAGAAAGGCUCCAAGAACAGGUAUCGGAAUAUCUGGCCCUUCGAGCAUGCCCGUGUGCGUCUACGUGGCCGUAAGCGCAAUCGUAAAUUGCAAUCGCAGCCCUCCUCGGGACACAUCUCAGAGCACGAGCACUCCCCAUCUCGAGAGCAAUUUGCGCAGAAAACCCCGCGCGCUACGCAGCCGCUGCUCUCCUUGCCGCCGUCUCCUGGUGGCGACAGCGACGACUAUGUGAACGCGUCGCACGUCCAGCCGCUCGGCACGACGAAGCGGUACAUCGCGACGCAGGGCCCGUUGCCCGAUACCUUCGCCGAUUUCUGGACUCUGGUCUGGCAGCAGAACGUUCACGUGAUCGUUAUGCUCACUCGCGAGAUCGAGGGUUCCAUGAUCAAGUGCGGCUCAUACUGGACGGAGAACUCGUACGGCCCACUCCGCUUGAAGCUGGUGUCGAGUACCGGUGGCUCCGGCGUAGAGAGCGACAACAUUGUCAAGCCUUCGCCGCAGUCCGGGGGCUUCUUCACCUUCCAACCACCAACACCCAAGGGCGUCCGUCCGCGGCAGAUCAAGCGCGUCUUCGAGUUGCGGCAUACGAAGUACCCGAGGGCGGGAGCACGCAAGGUGGUGCAGAUCCAGUACCUGGAGUGGCCGGACAUGAACGUGCCCGACGAUCCGCGCGGCGUGCUUGAGCUCAUCAAGGAGGUCGACCAGUGCUCGGCGCAGGCAAAGGCUGAGUCCAUGUCUCAAGCCGCAGUAGACAACGACGCGCAGGGUGAGGAAUCCGACGACUCCUGCGACCCGAGGACUGGCAUCUGCCGGGAUCCGAAGGGUAUCAUGAUGAACCCGCCUGUUCUCCUUCACUGCAGUGCUGGGGUAGGUCGUACCGGGGGCUUCAUUGCCGUUGACGCGGUGCUGGACGGCAUGCGCAGGGAAUUGCGGAAACGCCGAAACGACGCCCUGGUCAACGCCGGCAUGGUGCUGUCUCCGAUGUCGCCCACUGUCCCUCUGAACGACCGCGACGGCGACGUCACCAUGGCCGACGGCGUCAAGAACUCCACCCAGGCCUCCACCUCAGUAGCAUGCCAUCGCGGAGACAUGUCUAGCGCCACGAGCGCUGCUCCGCACGAUGGUGAGAGGGAUACGGAACAUGACAUUGAGAUGAAGAAUAAUGACGAAGUAGGCGCGACCACCGCCGGACCGCACGUCGUCCACGUACCCGUGGCCACGGUGGAACAGCGCCAGGUCGGCAACUUUGACGGCUGGGACGGGCACAAGAUCUCACCACCGGACCUGAUGCAGGUCGACGGGGAGGAGUACCACCACAAGAAGGGUCGCGAGGGGACGCGGCGGUGGGUGGAGGACGUGACGGCGCAGACGGGGCUCGGCGCGAGCGCGGACGAGCCGGGUGCACCAGUCGGUGCGUCUUCUGCCUCGCCCCCCUCUCGUGGGUCCGUAUCGAACAGCGCGUCUGCAGGCUCCUCCACGACGUCGGAUGAGAGCUCGUUCGGCUUCAAGACGAAUGCGAGGAGGGCGAGGAGCGGGAGUUUGCAUGGUACGAGCUCGCCGCUGACGAGUGGGGACUCGGAUGCGGCGGGGCAGCCAGGGAGGCAAGGUGGUGAGGAUGGCGCGCAGCGAGCAAGGACGUCGUCGGUGCCCUCGACGCUUCGGCCCAAGCUCAAUGGGCUGAAUGGUGGCACGUUGGGAUCGAGCCCGCUUGCGACGGCCAGCACGCCCUUCCUGGGUGCAGGACAGAAGACACCAGGAGGCUUCUUCGCCGUGCCGGCCCUUCCCGCCAACGCGAACCCUUCUGCGCUAUCUCACUCGACUUCCCCUGGUUCGACCGACGCGCCAAGUCCGCCUACCAGAGCUAACUCUGGGUCCGGGUCUGGUACCGGUUCCGGUUCAGGGUCGAAUGGCUCGGUGCCGCCAUCGACGGAUCGUUCGUUCUCGUCGCCUACACCAGCAUCGGCGUCUCCGCACGAAUCAGAACGCCGCCUCUCGGAGCCCUUUUCGGCGAUGAACUCGAUGGACUUGACCAUGCCUUCGACACAGACAUCGCAGGCACAAGCGUCUCAGGAAAAAACUGCAGGGGAGAAGAAGGAGCGUAAGGGGAGGCAUUCGAGGAGGCCGUCAAUGUCGUAUGUGGACUACAAGCAGCCGCGGAAGCUGCACGAUGAUGCGUCCCCGCCGCCUUUGAGCUCGUUCGACGACCCGAUCUGCGAGGUUGUGCAGGACAUGCGCGAGCAGCGGAUGAGCCUCUGUCAAAGCCUGCGGCAAUAUGUGUUUGUGCACGCGGCGGUGAUCGAGGGCGCGCUGAUGAUCGUGGACGAGGAGCGGGAGGACGCGCAGCGGCGCGGGGCGGCGAUGGUCUCCCAGCGAUCGAUUCGGAGCUUGCCGGGGGGCAUGCGUGGUAUCUCGGACGAGCUGCUCAGGCGCCCAUCGAGUGUAGCGACGACGACGCAGCGCCCAGCGAGCUCGAAUGCGCAAACGCCGCGGCCUACCCUGCGGGCCAUGGACGUGAGCGAUAACUCGUCGACCACGACGACGAGCACGGGAAAGAGGGGCGCGAGCCCGACGGAGCUUAGGAAGGAGGACGUGCGGGGUGAGGUGCGGCUGUCGAAGCGGCCGAGUCUCAAGCGGAAGGCGCCGAGUCAGAGUCCGGGCGCGGAUAAGGAGAUGCAGGUAGAACAUCCGCACCCGCGGCAGCUGUAUAGGCCACCUUCGACGGGGACGAGGCUCUCGCAGGUGGCGCAGGGCGUGUCUUCGGGUUCGCAGAAGUCGGGCUCGCCUUCGCCGCGUUCGCUCAAGUCCGGAGGGCAUCCUCCACCAUGA